AUGGUCCGCAUGGCAGAGCGGUUGGCCGAAAACUUCAUUCCAGAAGCCAGGAAUGAAAGUGAACCGGCCUACAGUAGAUACAAAGGUCUCUGGUGUCUGAUUAUAAUUGCCUUCGUAAUUUUGGUGCUGGUCCAGUGCUAUUCUCAAAUAAAAUUGUAUAUAAGUGAACCAGUUGCAACAAAUAUUGAAGCAGAAUAUCCUAGUAAAAUAUCAUUUCCUACGGUCGCAAUUUGCAAUAAUAAUCAGUUCAGAUUAACAUAUUUGACUGGUGGUCGAAUAAUGAACAGAAGAUCAAAAUCUAUAAGCGGGUCUUUACUAUCAACGGGUCAUGAUAUUGAAUCGGUUUUUGAUACUGUUCUAAGGAAAUCCUGGGACAUGGACGCUGUCAAAUUCUUGCGAAGUGCCGCUCAUUGGAAAUCUAGAAUGAUUCUUGGAUGUACUUGGCCAAAUGGAACAUCGUGCAAGUUGUCAGAUUUCAAAGCAGUUUGGACGACAACUGGUCUCUGUUGGGCUAUCAAUUCCGAUCCACACAAUCCAUAUGAAGUUACCGGUUCUGGAGAAGGUCAUGGAUUACGUCUUCUUCUAAACGUGGAGAGUUAUGAGAGAGUGGAUGCUUGCACAAAACAUUUCCGAACCAAAAGUCUUCCUGGACUCAAGAUUUUGAUCUAUAAUCAAACAGACGUUCCAGAUAGCAGUAUGAAUGGAGUUAAUGUCCCAUCUGGAUACUCCAUGGAUAUCCCAUUCAAAAUGCAACAUAGAUCAAAACUCCCCGGCGUCCACUGUAUUGAAGAAAAUGAUGAGCAAAUUGAAGCAAGUACAGACUUCAAUAAUCCAGAAAACGUUAGAACAUGCACAUUGAGAAGAUACAUGACCGAAGUCGAGAAUUCAUGUCAUUGUACUUUGAGAAGAGCAUAUACCAGCAACUCAACGAACGAUCUGAAAAUGGCUGCAUGUAAUGUGGAUCAGUACUUUGGGUGUGCUCAAGAAGCUAUGAAAAGAGUCAGGGAAGAGGGAACGGCCAGCACUUGUCUUCCACCAUGCAAAUCAAUUGAUUAUACUGCUUGGCAGGACAUGAAUCGUUUGCCACAAAAUUUGAUGCCAGCUCUUAUUGAAGAACAAGAAGAAGACGAUGAAGAUGAUGUUGAACAGGAAGAACUUGAUGAAAAUGUCUCAUUUUCUACAGUAUCCGGAGGAGAGACAUUCUCAUGUGAAGACAAGUCAAGGCCCAUCACCAGUGAGGAGAAGAAAGCAAAUCAAAUGUUUUUCCUUUUGGAUGAAAACGGAUUCAAAAGAAAUGCCACGAAAUAUAUGUCAAUUGGAGAUUUGAAGUCAAGAUACGGUGACAAAAUGGAAAAGCUGUGGCACGUCUUCAUGCCGGAUUCUUAUCUGAAAUCGAUAUCGGGAGACUUUUCCAGAAUGGAUAGGAUUAUUGAAUUGAUGGAUCAGUAUGAGUUGAAUAAGUUGCAAAGAAGAGCAUGGGCUGAGAAAAUGCAAUCGAGACAGAUGAAACAUUUCUUUGAGGAUGACUUUUAUGAAUCCUACUACCAGCCACUGAUCAAAGAUCUUGACACAACUCUCGUCAAACAAAUCGAUGAAGUUGAAUCUGAUUGGCCGAAAGUUGAAUACUACCUACAGCGUGGUAGUGCUGGCAAAACCGGAGCAAUUAUGUUUUUCGGCGACGGAAAGAAGGAAAAUCGACAGAAAUUCGAGAAACUAAUCAUCGAAAUGCAUGAAUGCGCAUCUGGAAAAUUGAGGAAGGAAGCUGGGAAAAUGUUGCAUAGUUUCAAGAAAAGUUACCGAGAACUUCAAGCUGCCUAUGGCAAAUUGUUCAAGGAAGAACUGCCGGAUUAUUUAGAAAACUUCCAGUUCGGAAACAAAUUUGUAGGAGAUAAUUUCGCAAUGGUCAACAUUUUCUUGCACCGAAUGAAUCUCGAAGUGUGGAGUCAAGAUAGAACGUAUGGAUUCUGGAGUCUUGCUUGUGAUAUUGGUGGAGCACUUGGACUAUUUCUGGGAGCAUCUUUACUGACAAUCAUUGAAAUCGUUUAUCUUUGCAUCCAGUAUGGUUUAUGUGGAAAACGAGCGAGAAAUAUGAAAUGUAUUCCAAUGGAUAAGUUGACUAGACAAGUCAAAAAAGUGGCGACGUGCAGUUGUUGUAAGAAAGAAGAGAAGCCAAGAGAACCGAUUUAUAAAAAGAAAAGUCAGAGUUAUCAAAGAAGAUAUACCGCCGAAGACGAAGAGCAAGCUGAGAAGUUCCGUUCACGAACGUCGAGUGAAGAUUCCAAAAUGAGGAAAAACAUUUGGGCACAAAUGAACGACCCAUCCGCGAACUCGACGUUGACGCCUUCUGAAAUCAAGCACUUCCUCGAUCAAGUGCAGAGACAUUCGCAACCACCCAGUUAUCAUGAUGAUCAACAUCCCGAAGACCAAUAUUAUUACAACGAUCCAAACUACUUGGGAAUAUCUCCGGUUCCAAAUAAACCAGAUGAUAACCGGGAGAGCUCAACAUCCGGCUACCACUCAUUUCCCCUUCCUCCACGAGCCACGAAUCCGCGUGAUGAAUCUCCGAUUCCUGAUACCGAACCAAUAUCCGUAUCUGAAUUCUCAGAUGCCCAUGCCGUUUCUCUAUUCCGAACACCUCCACCAACAAAACGACGAACAUCAUCACAAAAGGAUCAGAAAGUGAGCGAUGAUGAUGAUUUUGAUAAACAGUCUUACGUGUAG